AGGGUACAACCCUUCCCUUGGUCCUAUCCAACUACCGUCUUCAUAUACAUCACAGGUGUCAAAAGCAAAGACCAUCUACGACAAUUCCUUAUCGCGUCGUACGCCAGAGGUCAACAUUGCUUCCCUUUCCUUCCUAUUCAGUGGUAUUGUCCAAUACGUACAGAGUAGCUCAAAGGGUGUUAAGGAACUGGAGGCCAAGUUGAAUGCUUUAGGGUACGGUGUCGGUACGAAAUUCCUCGAGUUGAUUACACUAAGGGAUGGGAAGAACGCCAAAAGGGAGACAAAAGUCAUUGAGAUAUUACAAUUCAUACAUACGCAGCUAUGGAAGACGUUAUUUGGCAAGGUUGCAGACGAAUUGGAGAAGAGUUCUGACUCGGAUCAGGAAUACAUGAUAACUGAUAAUCUACCACUUAUAUCCCAGUUCAUCUCAGUACCAAAGGAAUUUGGACAGUUGAACGUGGGUGCCUUCACCGCAGGUAUCAUUGAGGGCAUAUUGGAUGCAGCUUAUUUCCAAGCAGAAGUUAGUGCACACACUGUCGAGCAAGAAGGCUUCCCACUAAGAACCGUAUUCCUCGUCAAGUUUGACCGUGCAGUCAUUGAAAGAGAAGCCGUUAGGUUUAGUAAAUAACAUAUACAUUCUUCUUAUGACAUCUCUGUAGAAUGCCAUCAUCCAUCUACGUCGUGUUUUG